AUGCAUGGUCCACCCUACACCGCCGACGAGUUCAACUUCGCCGACGCGCCCCGACCCUUCCGCAACCCCAACUACUCGCGCCCGGGCCAGGGCGCCGGCCAGGGCAAGCGCAACAAGUCGCUCAAGCAGAUCCUCGCCCUCGAGCGCGAGCGCGUCGACCGCCUCCUUGAGGACCGCAAGCUGCGCGUCCUCGCCAGCAUCGACGAGGACCUCGGGCCCGCACCCACGCCCGCGCAGGACGCCGACAUGCAGGGCGAGGGGACGGCUGCGGCGAGGGAGCCGACAGAGGCGGACAUUGCGAGAGCGGCAGAGACCGAGAGGAGGCUGCAGGACGCGUUCCAGGAGGUCAUCAGCUACGCGUCUAUUGAGGCGCCGCCGAGCUUGCUGCCGCAGAAGCGCUACUGCGACGUGACCGGCCUCGAGGCCAAGUACACCGACCCCAAGUCGACGCUCCGGUACCACAACCCCGAGGUGUACGACGUCCUGCGCACGUUCCAGCCGGCCGUCAUCCAGGCCUACUUGGCCGUCCGGGGCCAGGGCGUCGUCUUGCGCUGAGUCGAGCGGGCCCGUGCGGGACGAGGGCCGUGACGAGGUGUAGCUCGUUGUUGUUGUAU